UAAUAUUAAUCUAAAAUCCAAUUCCUAAUUUUUACUCCAUAAUACAGUAUAUAUAAUUCUCCCCUUCCUUAAUUACAAAGGCUUCCUACCAAAAAAAAAAAAAAGAAAACCCUAAUGGUGGAGAGAAAGCUUCCAUUAGAUCUGGAAGAAGAGAUACUCUUUCGAGUUCCACCUCGAUCUCUCCUUCGCUUCAGAUCCGUUUGCAGAGAAUGGAACACUCUUUUCCACAAUAAGAGAUUCAUCAACAAAAACUUUGCUUGCGCUCGCCCAGAAUUCAUGUUAAAGACUUAUUCCCAUAUUUAUUCGAUAAGCGUCGAUCUCAACGACGAUCCAACUAUAAAGGUGCGUGAUUUACGCUUUGAUCCUUUACGCGGUCGCCAUUAUAAUCUCGAUGGUAACUUCUUCUUGUAUGACUUUCAUGACGGAGGCGGAUGCGUGGUUUCGAACCCGUUGUUGAGACAGAAUAAAUGGUUUGCAAAGGCUAAGAAUAUAUGUGGCAAGUACAUGGGUUACGAUGGUAGUAGACCCGAAAAGAGUUACAAGAUUAUUGGGAUGUGGGAACGUCAUUCGCUGGAUGGAAUUACUACGACAUAUUUAGUCUCCGAAUUUGCAGCCAAUGCUUACUGGAAGGUUACUGAUCAUACCAGUUUUUACGAAGAGCCAGCAUUUAGGAGUGACUCGUCCGGUAAUAAUAGGGUCUCCCUGAAUGGAAAUUUGUACUGGACAGCUCAUACUUAUCCCGAAACUGGUCAGUAUUUCAUCAGAAUGCUCGAUUUUUCGAAAGAGAUAGAAAUGUGUCAAAAGACAUUCUGUGUUUUACCGUGUAAGGAAAAAAAAAGUACUACACAUACUCGUGUCCUCUCGAUGUACAAGGGAGAUCGGUUUUCAGUGUUAGAACAAUCCAGAAAAACAAGAGAGAUUGAGAUUUGGGUGACAAAGGAUAAAAUUAGUAAUGCGGAUAAUGGAGAUGACGUGGUGUGGAUUAAGUUCAUGACGGUCUCAAUACCUGACUUCCCUAUGGUACUUAGUCACAUGUCUACAAAAUAUUUCGUCGAUAAUAAUAUCUAUGGAAAGAGCUUUGUUCUGUGUUGUCCAAGCAAGAUACCUAAAGCAGCUUGGGUGUAUAUUGUGAGGGGAGAUCUGUGCAAAAAGAUUAAGAUAGAUCAAGUGCUAUGUGAGUUUGAGUCCUCUGUCUAUGUUCCAAGUUUGAUCACCAUUCCUUGAGAGACUUUCGCCUAAAGCUAGUGAUCACAAGAAGAUCUUUUACAAGUUUGAUUUCCAUUGUUGCUUUCUUGUUUUAUUCAUUUAUUUCAUAAAACUUUUGCAAGAUUGAUUUCCACAAUUUUGUUUGGCCUACGUCGUGAGCUUGGGAAGAUAUUCAAAGUCGUUUCUCUGUCAGUGAUUCUUGUUUAUAUAUAGCUUACAGAGAAGAAGUUUAUUUACUGAAAAUCCCCAAAGCGUUGAUCCAAACAGCUUAGAGAGAAGAAGAGAACACCAAUAUUUUGUGAAGAAAACAUGGAAGACUCAAGUCAAACUGGAACACAUACUGCCCACCAUAGCUGCAGGUCCGGACGUACCGAUGUGGAAGAUAGGAGGAGAAGAUGAUAUCAAGUCAAAGUUCUCGGCAACAAGCACCUGGAGUCAACUUAGGCAUGUGAAGCCAACUCAAGUAAGGCACUGUAUAGUAUGGUUCUCUUAAGGAUUACCACGCUACUCUUUCAUUACGUGGCUAGCCAUAAGGGACAGAUUAGCCACUGGAGCGAGAAUGCGUAGGUGGGGUUUCUCCCAACCUUGCUUAUUGUGUGGUGAGCCAAAUGAGACAAGGGACCAUAUCUUCUUUGCUUGUCCUUUCUCUUUUAUGCUAUGGAUGGAGGUCGCAAAGCCGCUGCUAGAAAGAAGGAUCUCUUGGGAUUGGAGCCGUAUACUCCUUUCUUUGUCACCAGCUACGUACAACCUUACGGACUAUACUCUCCUACGAUUGUGUUUUCAGGCAGUGAUUUAUCACCUAUGGCGUGAACGAAAUAGACGCAAAGUCAUCAACGACACCACUCCUCCCAUCAGUUGGCUCUAAACAUCAUCAAGAUUAAUUUCAUGUCGACUCAUAGGUCUUAAAUAUCCCACAACUUUAAAGUUUGGAGAUCUAGUCUCAUUUGCAUCCUCUGUAAAUUAUCUAUGGAUUUGGCUCUGUUUUGCCAUUUUAUGGUUUUAAAAGUCACUAGGACUCUGUUUUUGUUAAAGUUCAGUUUGGUUGAGUUACUAUUGUACAUACCACCUUUG